GUCUAUAUUUCUAUAAGAUUCUGAAUAAUUUUUCCCUAGUUUGCUUUGAUUAGUUUCAUUAGCCAGCACCUAAACGUAUGCACCACUUUUCGAUUAGCGGAAAACAGAAGCAGUUUUAAGAGCAGAGCUGGGCACUCUCUUCGUCGUCAGGUAAACGAAUGGUUUUAAGUCUGCAUCACAGGUAAACACGACUCGGCCGUGAGCAGAUUGCUGAAUUCUGUUACCUUUUCGGUGACAAGUGAAACAAAAGAAGGCGCAAUCAACGAAAAACCCAAAUGCUUGCCCAUCGUAAAAUUCUUCUUCAGUACAUUUCGAGAAUCGGCGUUGGAAGCAACUGAGCGGAGCAGAAUGUUGACGAAGUUAUUAAAAAUCUGCUGCAACUCGCGGCAAUGCACGUUCGCCAAACCUUUUGAGGCGAUGCCGGGGCCUCGAGGCCCGUUUGGAUUGGGUAAUCUGUACAACUACAUGCCAGGUAUCGGUGCAUACUCCUGGCUGCAGUUACACAAGGCCGGGCAGGAUAAGUAUGAAAAGUACGGAUCUAUUGUGAGAGAGACAAUGGUGCCAGGUCAGGAUAUUGUUUGGCUGUACGAUCCGAAAGACAUCGCGACACUGCUUAACGAACGUGACUGUCCGCAGCGACGCAGUCACCUGGCGCUGGCCCAGUACCGCAAGCAGCGCCCACAUCUCUACAAGACCACGGGUCUGCUGCCCACAAAUGGACCCGACUGGUGGCGCCUUCGAUCGCAGCUGCAAAAGGAGCUGAGUGCGCCGAGAAAUGUGCGCAACUUUGUGUGCGAGGUGGAUGGAGUGACCCAAGAGUUCUUAGCAUUUCUGGAGCAGUCAGCUGGAGACGAGGCAGUCAUCAAUAUGCUACCCAAGCUAACCAGGCUGAAUUUAGAACUCACCUGCCUGUUGACCUUUGGAGUGCGCAUUCAAUCUUUUACGCCCGAGGAGCAACAUGCCAACUCCCGUUCUACGCAACUGAUGCAUGCUGCUGAGACCACAAAUAGCUGCAUUCUACCCACCGAUCAGGGCUUGCAGCUCUGGCGUUUUAUAGAAACGCCUAGCUAUCGCAAGCUGCGUCGCGCUCAAGCGUAUAUGGAAAGCGUUGCCUUGCAGCUGUUGGAACAGAAUGUUCAAGAAAGUUCUUUUCGAUCCUCACUGAUUGCUAGUUACCUUCAGAACCCUCAGCUGGAUCGACUUGAUGUUGUGGGCACAGCGGCUGAUUUACUAUUGGCUGGCAUUGAUACCACGUCGUAUGCCUCCGCCUUUCUGCUGUACCAUGUUGCUCGACAUCCUGAAGUGCAGUUGCGUCUCCACGCAGAGGCAGUCAAAGUGCUACCCAGUCCUAAAGGGGCACUCAGCGCGGAAAAGCUGCGCACGGAUAUUACAUACACGCGGGCAGUGCUUAAGGAGUCGCUCCGCCUAAAUCCCAUUUCCAUUGGUUUCGGCCGAAUCCUCAACCAAAAUACAGUGCUCAGUGGUUACUUCGUGCCCAAGGGAACCACCGUGGUUACCCAGAAUAUGGUUGCUUGUCGGCAGCCUGAGCAUUUUCCAGAUCCUCUAAGUUUUCAGCCCGAUCGUUGGCUGCAACAACGCAAUGCUCUGAAUCCUUAUCUCGUCCUGCCCUUUGGACACGGCAUGCGGGCCUGUAUUGCUCGACGCCUAGCUGAACAGAAUAUGCACGUCUUGCUCUUAAGGCUGCUGCGCAACUAUGAGCUCAUAUGGCGAGGCCGAACGGAUGUCGAGUUGGAUAUCGAAACUCUGUUGAUCAACAAGCCCAAUGCUCCGGUGCUGAUCGAACUCAGACGGCGCUCUGCGUGA